AUGAAUUUUUCAGCUGCUGUAAUAAUUUUUAUCAUUUUUUAGCUUGGAGAAGACGAUGAAUAUGUUCGACUUUAAAAAAUAAGUUUAGGAAUUAAAGAAGUUUCCAUAAACUUAAGAAACAUGUAAAUUAUUACAGAUCAUAACAUCUUAAAAUCAAGUUUCAAUUUAUUAUUUAUAAUAAGUGAUUUGCUCCUAUCCUUUCUAAUAGGCUAGCAUUGAAUUACUAAUUUCAGCUUUCUUUGAUUAUUUUAAACAUAAGUUAUUCCUUUUGGCUUUUUAUAGGGCACUUUAAGAAGUAAGUGAAUUAUAAGAAUACAGAGAAUUUUUAGGAAAUAGAAGCACUAAGAAUUUAAAGAUGUCAAUUAAGUAAUUAAUCAACAAUAAAUAAUAGCGGAAAUGUUAAUAAGAUUAUUGAAUAAUAAUAAAAAUAGGGUUCCGUACCAUUUUCCAAAUAGGUUAUAGAGAAAUUGUUAAUAGCUAAAAGAUUCGCUUGUUCUUACUUGAAGAGAUUCUUUUAAUUGGCGAUUGAAUUAAAUGUAGAUUUGGAGGAGAUGUCAAAAAUAUUUAAAUAAUUCAUUAUGCAUACUAGAUGCCAUAAAUUUUAAUAAUAAUUGAUUGAUUAGUUCUUUGAUUGCAAAUAAAGUAUAUUUUAUGACUUUUCUUGGAAGAAUAAAUAUGAUUUAGAAUUAGAUGAUUGUAAAUAAUUUUAUAAUUUUUAAGUUUGUAAUAGAUGGACAAUUGAGGUUACCCCUAAGUGGGUUCUGGAAAGAAAAAAUUCGAUGACUUCAUUUAAUUAUAUCUAAACAGAAAAAUAAAUAUAACUUGAAUAAGAUGAUGAAUAUAUAACACCAGCCAGUAAAGUAGAAUCUGUGGCUGAUUAUGUAGAGAUUAUGUAGAAAAUAAUUUGCAAGCCUCUAGAAAUGAUUUCUCAACAUGACUUACUCCAUCUACAUAAUGGUGAUAAUAUUGAAAUCCUUAUAAAAUUUAUAAUUAAUCCUCUUGAAACAGAACUUAUAGAUGAUUGGGUAUUUAUGUAAAACAUUAUUAAAGGGAUUAGUUUUUUAAAGAAAAGAAAUAGAAAUGAAUGAUUACAAAACCAUUUUUAAGUCUUGUAUUAUAUCUUUGGAUUAUCUUUAUAUUGUUAGAUCAUUCAAAAGUCUUUAAUUUUUGACCUAAAAGAUUAAUAAUUCUAGAUUUUAUCUAACAAUUUAAGAAAUGACUCCUAAAAUAUGUAUUAAAUUAAUUUUUAUUAUUAGUUGAAUAAAUCUUAGAAAUUUUUAAUACAGAAUCAACUUAAUUGAAUUUAAAUCAUUUAGCCAUGCUAAUUGACUAAUUAUUAUUAAUUUGUCCAAAAACUAGUUUAUUAAAAAUAAUCGAGACAGAUUUUCUAUUUUUAUUGUUAUUAUACUCUAGUAACGCAUUUAUUGAAUCUUUACUAACAGAUAUUUUAGACUUAACAGUAGAUAAAUAUAAACUUGGUUAUUAUAUUUAAGAAUAAAUUUGGAUAUAUAUAAUGGAAACCAAAUGGAUAGACUAUUUAAAUCAUUCUAUAUUUGAAAAGAAUUAUUCAUUUGGUAAUCAAAAAUUUCCAAUAGAAAAUAGUCAACAAAAAUCUCAAAUACUCAACAUUUUAUCAAGAUUUAAAGAUUUUCAAAAACCUAUUGAAAUUGUGAAAAUAAGUGCAUUAGAUGAAUUUAUUGGACCUUUGGGAGGAUAAUCGGAUUAAUAAAAUACAGAAGAUCAAUAAUAAUUUCCUGAAAAUAUAUCUUAUGCUUAAUUAUUAGAAUAAGAUAUUGAUGCAAUAAGGGCAUAUUUAGAUGAAAGAAGAAUACAGAAAUCUAUUAAUUAGAGUAGAAAAUAAAGUCGAAAAGUUGAAUCAUAAAUGGUGAGCUAUCGUUCUACAAUUAUUUCACAUAAUCGUAAUAUAAGUUUAAAUGUAUCAUCUUUACCAUCAAUUAAUACUCCAAAAUCAAUUCCAAAUAAAUUCUCUGAAUUACAAAUUGUAGUUAAUGAUUCGAAAUCAAAAAGAGGUAGUAUUGAAAAAUAAGACAAACAAGAAAAAAGUACUAAUUCUAAGACAUCAUAAUGGGCAUAAACACUAUUAUUAACUUCUAGAUCAUCUUUGUCAUCAGAUACAGGUUUUUCAACUAGUAAAUCAAUUAUGCUCUACCCAUCAGGAAAUCAAAAAGUAAAUCCAAGUCAAUUUGAAAUAGAUUAAACAGAUUUUUAUUAUAAUCCAAAUACUUAUGAACAUCUAAUAGAGUUAUUAGACAAAAUCAUAAAUGUGAUAUGCAUUCAUUAGAAUAGAAAUUUAAAUAAUGUACCAGCUUUUUAUAAUUUAAUUUUCAACUAAGAGUUAGUAUUUAACUUAUUUAAAUUUUAUUUGUAUGGGAUUAAUUUAAAGAGAGAUACAAGUUUUCAAUGUGGUAGAAUUAUAAAUUCUAUUUAUUCUCUUGCAAAAAAAUUUGGAAAUUUUGAAUAAAAAGAAAUGUUAAGGGAAACAUUUUUUUAAAUAAUUGAAUAUCUCAAUAAAAUAAUCAUAAACUUAAAUAGAUUAAAUUGUGAUAUCAAUUUUACUAGUUAAUUUAUACUAUUUCAAACAAUUACUAAUGGUUUUGCAAUUUUUGAAGCAUAUGAUGUAACAAAAUUAAAUAAGAAUAUUUAUAAAUUCUUAAAUGAAACAAUAAUCCAUUUAUUUAUUAUUUAAUUCUUUAAGAGCAAAUAAAAUAGUUUAUAUCAAUAUUAGUUUGUUGAAUUUAUGAAUUUGAUUUUUGAAAAGGCACCUACAUACCUAUUAUAAAAUAUAUUAUUUAAUGUUGGAUUAAUUAGUUCACUUUAUAAUGCAUAUACAACUUUUUAUGCUAAUGGUUUUAAAAGCCAUAGUUAUAAUGAAAGCUUGUUUUAUUAUAUAACAAAGUUGAUACAAAUUAUACAUAGCAAUUUAAAUAAAAGAGAAUUAAAUGUAAUUUUAAGUUCUUUAUAACCACUUGAUUCUUGGAAAUGUUUAAUGAAAACACUACCAAGUAGUCAGAUUAUAAAAGAAAAAAAAUUAAAAACUUAAGAAGUUGAAUAAUAAAAAUCUAAUUUUGAAUCUUAAUAAAGUAUAAGAUAAUCAAUUUUAAAUGAGAGCAGAGGAUCUAUAACAUUAUCAUUGAACAAUAGAAAGUAUCAUAUAAAAUUAUAUAUAGACCUUCACAAAAAUAAACAACUCCUUAAAAACUCAGUGCUAGAAUAAUAUAACUAUAAUAAAAAAUUUUAUCAGGUUAAUCCCCAUCCUUAAUAGCCUACUGA